CUGAGGGAGGCGGAGUCUUGCUGCUACGCCGUCACAAAUCAAACAUGUAUAUAUGGGCGUAUAUAUGGACGCCUAUGGACGUAUAUACGUCGAUAUUCGAUGAUGAAAAAUCAAUACCUUCCGAGGGGGGAAAAUAUCGAUACAUAUCAUAGAAUCGAUUUAAUUAUACAGCCUUAAUGGCAACUAUUCUUGUGAUCUACUAUAGUGUGAUCUACUAUAAUGUGAUCAGCUAUCUGCUUCUAUCACAUAGCAGAUAGCUGAUCACACCUAUUUGUUUGAACAGAUAUGUUGUGAAUAACGGCACACGAAAACUUUGAGGCGGUUUAUCUCAAUCCAGGCGUUUUGUGAGCUGCAUCAUCAGUCUCCAUAACCUUGACUACAUUUUAUUAAAUUUUUGAUUCUCUUUGUGAAAUGUUGUCAAUUUCACUCCAGAAAUGCAUUAGGUUAACUAUGUGAGUUCUUGGGUAUUCCUUUUGGUUUAUUUAUCAGCUGUAUCUAACAUGAAUGUUUACAAAAAGGCUUCUAGGUUAUUAUGUAAAAAGAUAUCAUCUAAAUUUCUUGACAGGCAGAGUCCUGCGGAAAGGGUCUUGUGGUCGUUUUUAUUUGAACUGAUAAAUUUAGCUACAGCUGAACUUGAGCUCAAAGAGGAAGUUAUUUAAGUUGCUUUCGUCGACUCCACCUUCAUUUUGUGAGCAGAGCCUUAGAGGAGAAGGGCUGAACUGACUUGUUUCUGGAAGACAAAAUGAAUAAAACUCACUGUCCUCAACCGGAUAAGAAAUUAUUCGAACAUACAAUCCUGCCUACUCUUUACAUCUUGGUAUUUGUUGUUGGAUUGGUCCUGAAUGUAUGGGGAAUGAAGUCUUUGCUGCAUAACUGGAAGAAACUUUGGAGUAUUAACAUUCUUGUUCUUAACCUUGGACUAGCAGACAUUUUGUAUCUGCUGACUCACCCCUUUCUCAUCGUGUACUACCUUAAAGGAAACAAAUGGAUCUUUGGAGACGGAUUCUGCAAGGUAACAAGAUUCUGUUUCAACCUGAAUUUAUACGGCAGCAUCGGGUUCCUCACCUGUAUAAGUGUGUACCGGUACCUGGCUGUUGUCCAUCCAACGAGAGUGAUGGGGAGAUUAACUACGACUCACUCUGUGAUCAUCUCUGCAAUUAUUUGGAUUCUGGUGAGUGCUCAAAGUCUUCCAGACAUGUUCUAUCCAAAAACGUAUCCAAACGGAUCCAAAUGCUUUGACAGCACCUCUUAUGAACAUAUUGAGAGUUACCUGGAUUACASCAUCGCAUGGACAUUCUUUGGAUUCUGCAUCCCUUUUGUCACUAUUGUAGGCUGCUAUGGACAUGUGACUUUUGUUAUCUGCCGCUCAAAUAUGAUGAAAAAAGACCAGAAACRACAAAUCUUAAAACUGAUGGCUCUACUGAUUCUUCUCUUCUUGCUUUGUUAUGCACCCUACCAUAUUUUGAAGAACCUCAGCCUGUAUUCCAGACUUCUGCGCAAGCAGGGAGCAUGCCCCAAAUGGGAUUCUGGAGUCUUUAUUGCCCGUCAAGCAAGCCGUGGUCUUGUGAGCCUGCACAAUGCUCUUAACCCGCUGGUUUACNUGUGUCUAUAUGAGGAAAUGGUUUCUCAGUUCAAGCAGCUGCUGCAGGGAGGUCACCAGGUUUUCAGUBGUCGUUUCAAGUCGAAAUCCAGCUCUGUGCCUGUACCACAGACUGAGAAAGAAGCUGAAAGUGAUUUAUGACAGCAGGUAGCGUUUUGUCAUGAGUAAAAUUGUAACAAAUAAUGUGAUGCUGUCGAGGUAACUUGAGAUCAUCCCAUUUCCCCGUGCUAGACAUUUUGGUUUAACGGUAACAAUAGAUGAAAUUACCUGUAAAAUUAAUCAUACAAAGUAACACCUAGACCUAACCGUAGAAUCGAACUUCAGUAAGAUCAAUAUGAUUGUGCUUUUCUGUUUUGUUUCAUGCAAAUUUUACUUUAAUUCUUUUUCUUUUUGUAUUUAAUCAUAAAAAUUCAUAAUAAUAGGCAGAGAGAGAGAGAGAGAGUUCUAUCAAGCCAUAAAAAGGAACAACAGACUUCCUGAAAAAUAGGAAGUACAUUUACAGCCUGCAGAAAGUUUUAAAGAAUGAAUUCUAAACACUUUGAAGUGAUUGAAUAAGACCCAAUACAAAAUACUUGUAUUGAUGUUGUUUUGAUGCUGAAUUGGAAAAUCUAAAGUUGUUAUGGAUGUGAUUUUGACAAUGAACUUGAAAUGAUGUAAAAUAUGUAACUUCAAUCAAAGAUCACUGAUGUGUGUUGGAGGUAGAUACUAUGUAAAAGGUUAGGAAAAGGAGAAUCAGUAAUAAUCAUGUUUAAUGUGUUUGUGAAUCAGAAAUGACCUGUAACCCCAGUAAAGUUGAUCAGAGUUUAA